CCCACGACGGAUUCUCGUCCACUUUCCCCCCCACCCCCAGCCUCGGCACAAGUUCUAGGCAGCGAUCCGCGGACGCCUGCUAGCGCGUGCGCGCGCGUGCGUGUGUGUACACGUGGUGACAGCUGGCAGCGUGACAUCAACUAUUGGCGAAACUUGUCGUGCCACCUAUUACAGCUAUUGACGUUGCUGCUGCUGCUGCUACACAAACUUCACACGAGAGCAGUUCGAUGAAGAUUCCUUAACAACAUAAUCGUCGUCAGCAGAAAGUCCUGCGUUCAGAAGACAAGUCUGUUGUUGUUGUUUGCAAGCUCACGUUUGUGUCGUUGCGAAGAAACUUUGUUGUUAUUACACGUUUUGAUCCAAGUCGCUGGACGAAUACACGGAACGCUCUAUGGAUUAUUUUGAAAGCGCCGCAUCGUGCGCAGCUGCCUUUGGCUCCGUUGUAGUCGGCCGAGGAGGGAUGCGCGCGAAAUGAGAAGAACAGAAUUCAGCUGAGCGUCGGAGAGGAGGCGAGAGUCGGAACGCGGAAUCAAUUUCCGUCGCACUAAACUUAUCACAACAACAACAAGGACAGCAGCGGCAACAGCAGCGGGGUCAGCAGCAGCAGCGACAACGUCGAGACAAUCAGUCAACUCGCUCGCGCGAAACAACGAGGCGACGUCUCGUCAACAACCAGAAUCGCUGCGACUCCCGUUGACAGAGAGAGAGAGAGAGGUCGAGGAGGGUCCGUUCCUUACUCAAGAGACUACACGAGCUGGGGAUAACCACGGUUCCAGUCAACCACCGUUCCAGUCAACCACGGUUCCACUCAGCCACGGUUCCAGUCAACCACCGUUCCAGUCAACCACGGUUCCAGUCCAACCACGGUUCCAGUCCAACCACCGUUCCAGUCAACCACGGUUCCAGUCCAACCACGGUUCCACUCAGCCACGGUUCCAGUCAACCACCGUUCCAGUCAACCACGGUUCCAGUCAACCACCGUUCCAGUCCAACCACGGUUCCAGUCAACCACGGUUCCACUCAGCCACGGUUCCAGUCAGCCACGGUUCCAGUCAACACCGACCAGGCGAUAAAGACACCACAGCAACCUGCAACUACCAACAAGUCCGUCCGCCCCCCCCGCUACCCCCCCUCCAAGACAACAGAGCGCCCCCCCCCGACUUCCCCGAACUCAGGGGGAGGGGGCGGGGGCGGUGGGGUGGGGGUUGGGGGGGGAGGGCUGGCUGAGAGUCGGAGGCGAUCGCGUUCACGAGAAUGACUCUUGGCGCAGAGCUACUCGGACGAGGAGUCUGCAUGCAGUCAGACGAGGACUUUGUUGACGUUGUUGGCGAAGAUGGCGGUGGCGGUGUAAGUGGCAGUGGCGGCGGUGGUGGUGGCGGCAUGGACAGACGAGGUGCAGCAGGAGGAGGAGGAGCGACAGUCGUAGUAGGAGGAGCGGGAGGAAGGAGACACGAAGUCGGCCGAACGCGAAGACUUUUCGGCUCCGAUCGCGAUGACAUCGAGGACGUCAUCGACGACUUGGACGAAGACGCCGACGAAGACGAUGACGACGACUUGGACGAAGACGUCGGCUGCUCGAACAGCGACGCAGACAACGCGCGACACCGCGGCCAGAACCGCGGCCUCGACAUCCUGGACGGCGUCAAUUGUGACGACGACGACGACGAUGAUGAUGAUGAUGAUGACGAGGAGGAGGAGGAUGGCAGAGCCGGAAGAGAUGAAGAGGACGAGGAGCGUUUGCGCCGAGACUCCUCCUCGGUGGGGGCGGUAGCGGCGGACGACGACCAGCACGGCGCUCACGGCAACGCGACCUCGUGCAUCAAGGCCACCACCACCUCGUCGUCGUCCUCCUCCUCCAAGGGCGCCCUCGUCAAGCCGCCCUACUCGUACAUCGCGCUCAUCACCAUGGCCAUCCUGCAGAGCCCCAAGAAGCGCCUCACGCUCAGCGAGAUCUGCGACUUCAUCAGCAACCGCUUCCCCUACUACCGCGAGAAGUUCCCCGCGUGGCAGAACUCGAUCCGACACAAUUUGUCGCUCAACGACUGCUUCGUGAAGAUCCCGCGCGAGCCGGGCAACCCGGGCAAGGGCAACUACUGGACCCUCGACCCGGAGUCGGCCGACAUGUUCGACAACGGCUCCUUCCUGCGGCGACGCAAGCGCUUCAAGAGGCAGCAGCUCAUGCAGGCGUCGUCCGUCGAAUUCCUCAAGGAGCAGGCGGCCGCGGCGGCAGCGGCAGCGGCGGCCGCGGCGUUUCUACCCGGGUUCACCUACGCACCUUACUCGGGAUUCAACUACGGAUUGCAGCCCUUGCACGGAUUUCCGUCCAUACAUCACCAUCACCAACAGCAGCAGCAGCAUCAUCAUCAUCAGCAGCAGCAUCACCAUCACCACAACAAUCAUCAUCACCAUCAUCACCAACUACCGCACGCGCAUCAUUUGCAACAGCAGCAGCAGCAACAGCAGCAGCAUCAUCACCAUCACCACCUACCGACGGCGUUGAGUCCGCACCCGUGUUCCGGACCUACCUACACGUUUUCUGCAGCAGCAGCAGCGGCGGCAGCGGCUGCCACGUUCCAAUAUCAGCAGCAGCAGCAGCCUACGUCAGUGCAGGGCGCUUCGCUGCUCCAGCCGCCUCCGCCUCCGCUCAUGCAGGGCGCCUCCUCCUGCGGCGGAGGUCUGCAGCCGAAGAAGAGCGGCGCGGUGUUCGCGUCGCAGCAGCUGAGUCCGCUGGGGCUGCCGCACGGACUAGCGGCGCUCAAGACUGAGUCGGGACCGGCAAAGACAUCUUUCUCUAUUGAUAACAUCAUUGGCGUCAGUGGUGGUGGUGGUGGUGGAGGUAAUGUUCAACCGAUACAGCAGCAGCAGCAAUGCGUGUUCCCGUUUCUGUUGAGUGAAUGAGCGUGGGCAGGAAACUUGCUCUGGAACCACUAGCGUGUGUGGGGGCUACGCGCGUGUGUGGUCGCGCGCGCGCGUGUGUAUGUGUGUGUAUGUGGGUGGUUGGCUCUACGGGGGGACUUUGUCUGUGUACGUGUGGCUAUGUGUGUGUGUGUAUGCGUGUGGGGAGCGAUAGUGUAGCGGUUAGCGCGCUGCGCUAUGAACCUGGCG